CUGACGUAUACAGCAUGUAAAUCUUGAUAAUUUUGUGUAUAGAGGUUAUGGAACCAACGGACAGACCAAAAAUAUUGCCUAUAAGUCAUCAAGAUUAAAUAUAUGAAAAAUAGAUUUGACAAUUCCUGCUUAGCAGCCAAUACGCUUAGGGAUAAAUAUAUGCAGUUAGCGCUCUACUUUUUAACAAGGCUUACUAUCUCAUCCACUCAGUGAUUGAGAAGAAAAGUUAUGUUAUAUAUGCAAAAAAAACCAAAUAGUUCUUUAAAAAAUUAAAAAUAUAUUUAUUCUUUCGAUUUUUGUAAAAUAUAAAUAAUGCGCAAUAUCAGCAUAUCUAAUAGAUGCUUUUGCUUAACUUAAUACAUAUGUUUUAACAUAAUGAAAACUUUUAAUCAGAUCUAACUUGUGUUGCAAAAGGUUUUCUAAAACGCAUGCCUUAGCGAGUCAUAUUCUAACACCUGUGAAAGAAACACCUAUCUGAGGAUCAUACAAUAUAAAAUAUUUAUAAUCAAAGGACUCAAAUUUGGAAUAUAUGCAAAAGAAUAGAACGAAAGAUAUACGAAAGAAUUCUGCAAAAUGUGUACUAAAAUCUUUUCUACGCAGGAAUAUAUAAUACCACAAAUUUCGACGGAAAUUAAAGAGAAACAAUUUGUUUGUGUUUGCAAUAAAGCGUUUUCUUUACUGGGAACUUUAAAGACACAUUUAAGGACGCAUACGAAAGAGAAACCGUAUGUUUGUGAGAUUUGCAAUAAAGAAUUUUCUCGACGAGCACAUUUGAAGACACAUUUUAGGAGGACGCAUACGAAAGAGAAACCAUAUGUUUGUAAGGUUUGCAGUAAAGCGUUUUCUGAGCCAGGAAGUUUAAAGAGACAUUUAAGAACGCAUACCAAAGAGAAACCAUAUGUUUGUGAGGUUUGCAGUAAAGCGUUUUCUCGACGAAGAAGUUUGAAUGUACAUUUACUGAUACAUAUAAAAGAGAAACCAUAUAUUUGUGAUAUAUGCAAUAAAGCAUUUCCUCUACGACAACAUUUAGAGACACAUUUGAGGAUACAUACGAAAGAGAAACCAUAUAUUUGUGAGGUUUGCAGUAAAGCGUUUACUCACAAUUGUGCUUUAAAGGUACAUUUAAGGGCGCAUACCAAAGAGAAACCGUAUGUUUGUGAGGUUUGCAAUAAAGCGUUUUCUCAACGAGGAAGUUUGAAUGUACAUUUAUUGAUACAUAUUCAAGAGAAACCAUAUAUUUGUGAGAUUUGUAAGAAAGCGUUUUCUCUACGACAAUAUUUAAAGACACAUUUGAGGACGCACAUGAAAGAGAAACCGUUUGUUUGUGAGGUUUGCAGUAAAGCGUUUUCUGAUCCAGGAAGAUUAAAGAUACAUUUGAGGACGCAUACCAAAGAGAAACCAUAUGUUUGUGAGGUUUGCAGUAAAGCAUUUUCUCAGCGAGGAAAUUUGAGAUUACAUUUAUUGACGCAUACUAAAGAGAAAUUAUAUAUUUGUGAGAUUUGCAAUAAAGCAUUUUCUCGACGUGAAUGUUUAAAGGAUCAUUUACUGACUCAUACGAAAGAGAAACCAUAUAUUUGUGAGAUAUGCAAUAAAGCGUUUUCUCAACGGGGAAAUUUAAAGACACAUUUAAGGACGCAUACGAAAGUGACACCACAUAUUUGUGAGAUAUGCAAUAAAGCAUUUUCUCAACGGGGAAAUUUAAAGACACAUUUAAGGACGCAUACGAAAGUGACACCACAUAUUUGUGAGAUAUGCAAUAAAGCGUUUUCUCAACGGGGAAAUUUAAAGAAACAUUUAAUGACGCAUAACAAAACUAUAAGUUUGUGAGACUUGCAGUAGAGCGUUUUCUCAUAAAGUAAAUUUAAAGAAACAUUUACUGACGCAUACGAAAGAGGAACCGCAUUUUUGGAAUGUGUGCAAUAAAACUUUUUCCGUUGGAAACAUUUUUUAUUAAUAUUUCAUGACGCAUGCGAAACAAAAACCUCUGUGUGUAAUAAAGCAUUUACUGCAGAAGAAAGUUUGCAGUUCUAUUUACCAACCUAUUUUAAAGAGUGACUACAAAGAGUGGCUGGAGUGUUUGUGAUGGGUGUAAUAAAGUAUU